AUGUCGUCGCAGACCAUGACAGCGCCAGCGCUGGGUCAUCGUCCUCCCCCUCCUAAUUCCGGGCCCGACAUGCCCUUCUACGACGAUUAUACCCACCCCGACAACCGCGAUAUUUCCUCCCCGCUCAGCGACUCCGCAAUCCGCGCCGUGAACAACUCGACGACCUCCGACCGCCCUACUUCUCCUCCUCCCUCUGCGCCGAUUCAUUCGCACGGCCUACCCUCCCUUUCUUCCCCGUUUUCUACUCCCUCCGGCGGCAUUGAUGGUAGUCUUCGUGAUGGCGGUGGAAUGGCGGGAGUCAAAGCGGAGCCGGAUGAUGAGACAAUGAACGGGUCCGAAGGUCAUCAGACUGAUCUCAGACGGCAGUCUGCUGCAAGUGCGCUGCUGGCCCAGCUUCUUGGCAAUCAAUCAACAGAGCAACCGUUGUCCGCCGACGUUGAUCAAUCUCUUUAUCAGUUUCGAGGAGAACAGAUACAGCAAUCAGUAUCGGCGCCGCCAGCUGAACCAUUCACCCCCAAUGCCCCAGGAGAGAGUCAUAACAAUGCGCAUUCGGCAGGUGGUGAUACCCAGAUGCCAGAUUAUCCACCAUUGCCGUCAACAGAGGAUAUUGGCAGGGAUCAUCACUCUGCGCCUGCUGAGCAGGCCUCGGGACACGAUCAGUUUUCGGUCCCCGCUGACUUAAGCCAGCAGGAUGAACAACAUGUAGAUGCAGAUGCGCAAGGGCCAUUUACUACUAAUCCCGAUGGCACCGAAGCCAAUAUUUUUUUACAACCACCGCCGAAGACGUCCGAUUCCUCUGCGAUAGAAAGCCUUACGGAUCCUUUAUUAAUGGCGAAAACGAAUCUCGACCAAGGCGAUUACUUUAAUGGACCGUUCGAUAUCGCUGCCGAUCCCAAGACGCCCUUUGGCGAUCUAGAACAGAAUGAGAUGCUGACCGCAGCCUAUCUCUCCCAGGGUGCAGAUCUGUCGGCUCUGGGGUUAUCGGGUGAUCCGCUGCAGCAGGAUGGCACCGGUUCGGUCGCCGGAUCAGAACCUCGCAUUCAGGCCUUUGCGAAAUUGGAGUUCGACGAUGGGCAUUUCUACUGCAAUACUUAUUCGUUUAUCCUUGGACGUGAUGUACGGGCAGCUCGUGCAGCUCAUCAGCGGGAGUUUCAGGUCAGACAGGCAAUGCGCAAUUCAAGACCAAAGAGUUCAAGCGGUGGCAACGCUUCACAUACGCCGAUUCGCGUCAAGCACGAGGGCAGUGGCAUUCUUGGGAGUGUGGUCAGCGACCGCGGCGGGAUCAUGGGCUUCGACCCCGAAGUACCGUCCCGUCGUCCCAUGAGCCGGAGAUCGUCCAAUUCGUCCUUUGGUGAAUCGGGUCCUCCGUUACUAGCAACUCCAGCCCAACUACAAUCGACAGACUACAACGCCCUUGCCAUGCAAUCGCUCAACGAGGAAAGCAAUGAUGCGAAACCCGUCGAUGCCCUGGCUCUGCUGCCUUCCCCCGAUUCUUGUCCUACCAUCCCUAUUCAUCCCCCGGCCACCGUGGACGGCAGCGCGGCUGGUCAUCGAGGUAUUUCUCGGAAACAUGUUAAGAUCGCAUACAACUUUGACAAAAGCCUUUUUGAGAUGGAAGUUAUGGGAAGAAAUGGUGCUUUUAUCGGAGCGGAUUGGUUAUCGCCUAGUCAGAUCAGGCCUUUACAUAGCGGCGAUUACAUCCAGAUUGGAGGUGUGCGCAUUCGCUUUUUACUGCCUGAUGUGCCCAUUGGCGAGACAGGAGCCGAGCGAACGGAGGAACAACAGAUGGAAGACGACGAAAACGCAAUUGCAUCAUUCGAUGUCGAAGACACCAAUGCAGAUGGGACCGAGAAGCUUGGGAGCGAUGCAUCGGAGAAGAGGGAUUCUUCGAAAGCGGCGCGACUUGUUCUUAAGACCAAGGACGCUGACUCCUCGCAAGCAAUACAGUCAUCCAUUGAAGGUGAUGGUCAACAGCCCGUGCGUCGUCGCGGGCCAGGGCGACCUCCGAAGGAUGGGAUCAUGUCCAAGCGAGAACGCGCAGAACUUGCCAGAGAGCAGAAGCUGGCCGCGAAACGCGAAGCCAACGGCGGAGUCACUCCACCUCCUCCGAACAGACCAAAAGCCGGCAAGACGCCUGCUGGUCCUCGCGAUUCCAUCAGUGCGGCUAGCGGCCAGGGUGCUGUGUCCGCAAGUCUUCCUGCCGUUCCUACUCCUGGUGCCCCUGUGGCCGGUGGUGCUGAAUCACCUGGUUCUAAGCCAGAAAAGCGAAAGUAUACCAAGAGGAAGAAGGCAGAUGGCACGCUUAUGGACACUCCACUUCCGUCCACAGAGGGUGGCAGCCAAUUUCCUAUGGAGCAGCGUCCGGAAGAAUUUAUUAAGGCUCCGCCUCUCAAGAAGCGCAAGCCAUCACGGUCACCGUCGCCAAACUACCCACCCGAAUCCGCGUACACGCCCGAGGAUCUGGCCAAGCCACCAUAUAACUAUGCUGUGCUUAUCUUUGAUGCUCUCACGGAUGCUGGUACACCGAUGACGCUCAAGCAGAUCUACCGUGCGUUGAAGUUGAAAUACCCAUAUUUCCGAUUCAAGUGUGAAACGGAGGGCUGGACAUCAAGUGUUCGUCACAACCUGAACGGCAACAGCCAUCUGUUCAUGCAUGCGGAACGAGAUGGCAAGGGAUGGUCAUGGCAGCUCCGGCCUGGCGCGUCGGUCGAAAAGGAAAAGAAGAGACGUCCAUCGCCGCCGCCGCCAUCGUCGCAUACCCCUGUUCCGCCUACCCAACCGUACAUGGCACCACCAGGGUACACAAGUGCUGCAAAUGGCCAGGCGAAUAUGGUCAAUCAACAUUUCCAGUUCCCGCCAUCGAUGGCACCCAAUCCGUACGCAGCUCCGCCGCCGCCGGCGCCCGCACCUGGCCCUGCUCCUGUUCAUGCUCCAGCGCCAGCGCCUGCUCCGCCGCCGCCGCCGCAAGCCCCAGUACAGCAUCCACCGGCACCGCAGCAGACAACGGGUCCAAGUCCGAGUCCUGCUCCAGCACCUACGCAAGGUCCGACUGCUCCAGGACCGGCCCCAGGGCCACCUCAAACCUCUGCGCCUGCUUCAACGCCGGCACCGGUUCCGAAUUCGGCUCCAGCGCCUGCUCCCGCCCCUGUUCCCGCUCCGACUACUGCUCCCCCAUCUGCUCCUCAACCUCAACUUCAACACACAAGUCCUUAUCCUCCACCUGCACCUCCUCAACCUCCUCAAACGCCUGCACCCGCUCCUUCACCCGCUCCCAACCCGACCCCAACACCUUCUGCACCUUUUUCCAUUCCCAGUCCUAUUCGCAACAGUCUUCCUCGCGCCUUUGCCCAAACCGUGCCGACUACCUAUACCUCUCCCUACGCCUUCGACCCUCCACCGCAACUGGCCCAAUUCCAGCAAUCGCAUCAGCAAUCGCAGCCCCUUCACGCACCGCCGCCGCCACAGCAACAACAGCAACCGCCGCCCCAGCCACCUCAACAACCGCAGUACCAGCAGGCACCACAGCCACAUCCCCAAACCACUUAUGCCCCGCCACAGAAUUCCGCUCCUAUGCCAAUGAUGAACCACCAGCCACAGGGAUUCGCGCCCAACCCAGGUCCUCCGCCUAUGCAACAGCAGCAGCAACAACAGCCACCUCCGUUCGAUGCCGGCCCCGCAGAGCCAAGCACGGGGCCUAUGGAGGAGGAUAUAUCAUUCAACGAGCGGGCUGGUAAAGCGAUUGACGACUUUGAAGCUGUGCUUAUGGAAGACUACGAAGACAAGAACUACAUCCGUGAGGUACUUCGGAGUGCUCGUGCUCGUGUUCUAGGUGAAGCUAUGGAGAGUUCCUUCCCUGGGGGAGAACCUAAGGAUGAGGCUGUUAUCUAUGAUGCGCUGCGGAAUCUCGUUGGUAGCCUUGAGGGGUAG